AGUUGAGAGAAUCGAAGCGAUUGAGACAACUAGGUAUCUAUCCAUAGAGUCGCAAUAAGUGGUUCCAUCCUUAAACGCCAUUACCCAAGCACUCAACGAUACACAUAUAUACGGAACGAAUCACAGAGCAGCCAUGGCCAGCAACGAGGCCAUCCUUCAGGGCGUCAGCGUCCUCGGCCCUAUCAAGGAGUCGCAGCGCAAGAUCCUGACUCCCCAGGCGCUUGCCUUCCUUGCCCUUCUGCAGCGCUCCUUCAACGCGACCCGCAAGAACCUUCUCGAGCGCCGCAAGAUCCGUCAGGCCGAGCUCGACAAGGGCGCCCUGCCGGACUUCCUCCCCGAGACCAAGCACAUCCGUGACGAUCCGAUAUGGAAAGGCGCCCCGCCCGCCCCGGGCCUUGUCGACCGCCGCGUCGAGAUUACGGGGCCCACGGACCGCAAGAUGGUGGUCAAUGCGCUGAACGCCGACGUCUGGACGUACAUGGCCGACUUUGAGGACUCGAGCGCCCCGACAUGGGACAACAUGGUCAAUGGCCAGGUCAACCUGUACGAUGCCGUCCGCCGCCAGAUCGACUUCAAGCAAGGGAACAAGGAGUACAAGCUCCGGACUGACCGGCCACUGCCCACGCUCAUCGUGCGGCCGCGCGGCUGGCACCUCGAGGAGAAGCACGUCACGGUCGACGGCGAGCCCAUGAGCGGCUCGCUCUUCGACUUUGGCCUCUACUUCUUCCACAACGCCCACGAGACGGUCAAGCGCGGCUUCGGCCCUUACUUCUAUCUGCCCAAGAUGGAGUCUCACCUGGAGGCGCGCCUGUGGAACGACGUCUUCAACCUCGCUCAGGACUACAUCGGCAUGCCCCGGGGAACCAUCCGCGGUACCGUGCUGAUCGAGACUAUCCUGGCCGCCUUCGAGAUGGACGAGAUCAUCUACGAGCUGCGCGACCACAGCUCCGGCCUCAACUGCGGCCGUUGGGACUACAUCUUCAGCGUCAUCAAGAAGUUCCGCCAGAACUCCAACUUUAUACUGCCUGAUCGCGCCUCCGUCACCAUGACCGUGCCUUUCAUGGAUGCCUAUGUCAAGCUGCUUAUCCAGACGUGCCACAAGCGUGGCGUGCACGCCAUGGGCGGCAUGGCGGCGCAGAUCCCCAUCAAGGACGACCCAGCCGCCAACGAGAAGGCCAUGGAGGGCGUCCGCGCCGACAAGCUGCGCGAGGUGCGCGCGGGACAUGACGGAACAUGGGUGGCGCACCCGGCGCUGGCGGGCAUCGCGAGCGAAAUCUUCAACAAGCACAUGCCCACGCCGAACCAGCUCUUUGUGCGCCGCGAGGACGUCACCAUCGGCGCCAACGACCUCCUCAACAUGAACGUGCCCGGCAAGAUUACCGAGGAGGGCAUCCGCAAGAACCUCAACAUCGGCCUGGGUUACAUGGAGGCCUGGCUCCGCGGCGUUGGUUGCGUGCCCAUCAACUACCUCAUGGAGGACGCCGCCACCGCCGAGGUUUCGCGCAGCCAGCUCUGGCAGUGGGUGCGCCACGGCGUGACGACGGCUGAGGGCAAGCGUGUCGACAAGGGUUACGCGCUCAAGCUGCUCAAGGAACAGGCCCAAGAGCUGGCCGCCAAGGCGCCCAAGGGGAACAAGUACCAGCUGGCUGCGCAGUACUUCGCGACCCAGGUCACGGGCGAGGACUAUGCCGACUUCCUGACUUCGUUGUUGUACAACGAGAUCACGUCGCAGGAGAGCCCGAAGCCGGCUUCCAAGCUCUAGAGCCUUGCGGGUCAGAGAGUGGAGUGGAGGUUAUGCAGGAGAAGGGGUGUUAUGACUAGUGGUUUUUCGAGAGAUGGAGACUGGAACAGGUAUGGGCUUUGUUUGGUUUUGAAUUAGUCAUGUGCACUCGUCAGGAAAAUCGGAGCUUUUCAAGUGUUCUUUUUACAUGUUCAGGCCGG